GGGAGGAGCCAGGGUGCGUCAGGUCCCCUCAGUGGCAGCCUGGGCCCAGCCCCUGCACAGGCUAAAGAGCUUUUAAGAGACAGAACUGGGACAUUUUCUCCCGAAUUCAGAGGGAGUUUUUCAGCGAGGAGGCUUUGUGCAAGUUCCCGUGUGUCCGCUUGCUUUUGCUGUUGAGUGGCGUGACUGGCCCUCCACGCUCAGCUUAUCGGGCUGCUCUGCCCCGUCGGGCUCAACCUGCAGCUGGGCAGCCUGCCGUUAGAGGCUCCUCAGCCAGUGCUAACUUCCUCCACAGCCCUGUGCAGCUGGUCCGAAUUCUGAAAUCAAGUCGCUAAAUGAUGGCCACAGCUCCCGAUGUCCUGCGAGCGUCCAGACUCUGCCAACGCGGCCCGAGGAUCUGGGCGCUGCUGCCGAGUUCUCCAAAGUGGAGGCCUGCUAGCCUGGUCUCUUACGCCCCCGCUCGGAUGACGGCGACAGUGACCCUGGAGCCUGGGAGCCGCUGCCGCUGGGACGAGCCCGUGCGCAUCAUCGUGAGGGGCCUGGACCCGGAGCAGCAGGUCACACUGCGCUCAUCCCUGCGCGACGAGAAUGGCACGCUCUUCCGGGCCCACGCGCGCUACUGCGCGGAUGCGGGCGGCGCGCUGGACCUGACGCGCGCGCCGGCCCUGGGCGGCAGCUUCGCGGGGCUGGAGCCCAUGGGGCUCUUCUGGGCCCUGGAGCCGGAGAACGACUUAGUUCGGCUGGUGAAGCAGGACGUGCAGACGCCCUUCGUUGUAGAGCUGGAGGUGCUCGAGGGCCACGAGCCCGAGGGAGGGCGUGUCCUGGGCAGGGCGGUCCAGCAGCGAGACUUCCUCGCACCCGGGGUGCGGCGGGAGCCGGUGCGCGCGGGACGGUUGCGGGCCACUCUCUUCCUGCCGCCGGGUGAAGGGCCCUUCCCUGGGGUCCUCGAUCUCUGUGGAAGCAGUGGCGGCCUCUACGAACACAGGGCCAGCCUCCUGGCCAGACAUGGUUUUGCUGUGCUCGCUCUGGCUUAUUUUAAAUUUGAAGACCUCCCUAAAUAUCUAGAUGAAGUGCACUUGGAGUACUUUGAAGAAGCCGUGGACUUCAUGCUGCAGCAUCCAAAGGUCUGCAACAAAAGCAAGUGGACCCCAAGCUAUGCUCUUUGGGAGAAGAAAAGUGUAGGCAAGGGGGUUGGAAUUCAGGGGGAAAGUUCAUCAAAUACAAAGCUGCAGCAUUCUCUUAUCUGUGUCCUGGGCGGUGGUCACCUCACCCUGGAGUACAAUGGCUCGGAUAUCAUCUUGAAUUGCCUGCAGUCCUCCUGAGGCACAAAGGUGGAGCUGCUUAUGGUUUCCUGGAGUCAGGGUGGGUUAUACCUUCAGUUCCUGGAACAACAGCUUUUUACAUGCACUGAUUACUAAGCUUAUUAGCUAUUACCUGAAACUAAAGAAUUUCCAACAUUUGAGGCCCCCAACAGGAGGAAAUAGAAUAUUCUGAGUGAGUAUAAAGAUAACAUUGACUUAUUAUUUUACCACUGAUAUCAAUUCCUUAUGGUGUAAUUUGUAGUUUUGAAUAAAAGGAAUACUCUACUAGUUCUGAGAUAUGUUUAAGGAUUAGAUUCCCAUUACAGCUACAUCAAGAGAAACAGAUUUUGGCAGAAGAGGAAAAAUUCCAAUUUGGAGAGGGGUGGAGGUGUGGAGAUCUGAAAAAAUCACUGCAGGUGUUGGCGGAAUGUCAGACAUUCUGGAAUGUAGCCCAAAUGUCACCGGUGCCACUUGGAACUCGGUUCAGCAACCUCAGUUCUUGAGUUCUGGCUAAAAAAUAAUUCAGAGCCAAGACUCAAACUAUAAGAGAAAGUUUAUUUGGAAAGUCACAGAGGUAGGAAAAGUGAGCCAAUGGGGUGUAGGUUCAGGAAACAAGUUACAGAGGCAAAAGAAGGGCCCUUGAGGUUUAGGAAACAUAAAGGUAAAGCUAACAUGCCUGGGGGAAGACCAGGCGGAAGGAAAAAUGCUGAAGGAUCCAGGGAACUAGAGCAGCACCGGCCCUCGGUCUGGAGGUCUUAGGGAGGAUCCCAAUAGAAUACUCAUCAGCUUUCCAGGUGUCCUUUUAGGGUCAUGGUCUCUACUGAUUGGUCGGCACCAGAGCAGGGGGAUCAUUAGUCAGUGCAGCUGGUCCAGAUGUCAGCCACGGCAUCGCUUGUCUGGUUUUGCUGCUUUUCUGUGCCUGGAGCUGAAACACAACUGAGGCCUAGAUGUUAUCUUUGGGGAUUAAUGCUUAAGGGAGUGGUCCCGCAAGGUCCUGAAUGGAAGUUGCAUGAGGCCACCUCUCAGCAUCUUGUUUCUCCUCCAAGGGCAUCUAUCACUAGUGACUAGUGACAUGCCAGGGGAGGAAAGGUCAGGGGAGGUCUGUGUGCAAGACCAGCAAUAUGAAAGGUCAGGGGUCUAAUCCACAGGACCAGCAAUAUGCUAGGGGAGGAGAGGUUACCCUGGCGGCAAGGUACCUGUCUUCCCAGUUCUGCCCAUUGCAAGGCACCUGGGGCUUUGCUUCUUGGUGACCUUCUGUACCUGGCUCACCAUCCUUGCUCUGCUCAUGUCUGUCUAACUGCCUACUGCACAAGAACAAAAGCUGAAUACGUUAUAAAUACGUACUUUUUCUUUCUCCAAUAAAAAUUUAACUUUU